AUGGCCGACGGCAGUGUUAUGCCCCCCAAGUCCUCCGUGGUGGUCGAGGCCCACGAAGUCGACACCUUCCAUGUCCCCGAAGCAUUCCACCAGAAGCACCCGACAGGUACCCACUUGAAAGACCUUGACGAGUACAAGAAGCUCUAUGAGGAGUCCAUCCGCAGCCCAGACACUUUUUGGGCUCGCAUGGCCCGCGAACUUCUUCACUUCGACCAAGACUUCCAGACCACCCACAGUGGGUCGCUGGAGAAUGGCGACAAUGCCUGGUUUGUCGAGGGUCGUCUGAACGCCUCCUACAACUGCGUCGAUCGCCAUGCCUUCAAGAACCCCGACAAGGUCGCCAUUAUCUACGAGGCCGAUGAGCCCAGCGAGGGCCGCACAAUCACCUACGGUGAGCUCCUGCGCGAGGUGUCUCGUGUGGCCUGGGUUCUCCGCCAGCAGGGUGUGAAGAAGGGUGACACCGUUGCUAUCUACCUUCCCAUGAUUCCGGAGGCCAUUGUCGCUUUCUUGGCUUGCUCUCGUAUCGGUGCCGUCCACUCCGUUGUUUUCGCCGGUUUCUCGUCCGACUCUCUCCGGGACCGUGUCCUGGACGCUGGCUCCAAGGUCGUCAUCACGACCGAUGAGGGCAAGCGUGGAGGAAAGGUCAUUGGCACCAAGCGCAUUGUCGAUGAAGCCCUGAAGCAGUGCCCCGAUGUCACUAGCGUCCUGGUCUACAAGCGCACCGGCGCGGAGGUCCCCUGGACCAAGGGCCGUGAUGUCUGGUGGCACGAGGAGGUCGAGAAGUACCCCAACUACCUUGCUCCUGAGCCGGUGAACUCGGAAGAUCCCCUCUUCCUGCUCUACACCUCUGGUUCUACCGGAAAGCCCAAGGGUGUCAUGCACACCACGGCUGGUUACCUUUUGGGUGCUGCCAUGACCGGCAAGUAUGUCUUUGAUAUCCACGACGAUGACCGCUACUUCUGUGGUGGUGAUGUUGGCUGGAUCACCGGCCACACGUACGUCGUAUAUGCACCCUUGCUGCUCGGAUGCUCUACCGUGGUCUUCGAGAGUACCCCGGCUUACCCCAACUUCUCCCGUUACUGGGACGUGAUCGAGAAGCACAAGGUGACCCAAUUCUACGUCGCCCCCACUGCCCUGCGACUUCUGAAGCGGGCUGGCGACGAGCACAUUCACCACAAGAUGGCACACCUGCGUGUCCUGGGCUCUGUCGGUGAGCCUAUUGCUGCCGAGGUCUGGAAAUGGUACUUCGAGGUGGUCGGAAAGGAAGAAGCCCACAUCUGCGAUACCUACUGGCAGACUGAGACGGGUUCGAAUGUCAUCACUCCCCUGGGUGGUAUUACCCCGACGAAACCCGGAAGCGCGUCGCUUCCCUUCUUUGGCAUUGAGCCCGCCAUCAUUGACCCGGUCUCUGGUGAGGAGAUCACUGGCAACGAUGUGGAGGGUGUGCUUGCCUUCAAGCAACCCUGGCCGAGCAUGGCCCGUACCGUGUGGGGCGCCCACAAGCGCUACAUGGAUACCUACUUGAACGUUUACAAGGGCUACUACUUCACUGGAGAUGGUGCAGGCCGCGAUCACGACGGAUACUACUGGAUCCGGGGUCGUGUUGACGAUGUGGUCAACGUUUCCGGACACCGUCUGUCCACGGCUGAGAUUGAAGCCGCCCUCAUUGAGCACCACAUGGUGGCUGAGGCUGCUGUCGUCGGUAUUGCCGACGAGCUUACCGGUCAGGCCGUCAACGCAUUCGUGGCCCUGAAAGAGGGCAACGAGACCAGCGACCAGGUCCGCAAGGAUCUGAUCAUGCAGGUUCGUCGGUCCAUCGGACCUUUCGCUGCCCCCAAGGCCGUCUACGUUGUCGAGGAUCUCCCCAAGACCCGUAGCGGUAAGAUCAUGCGCCGUAUUCUCCGGAAGAUCCUGAGCGGCGAGGAGGACAGCCUGGGUGACACUUCUACUCUGUCGGACCCUUCGGUUGUUGACAAGAUCAUUGCCACGGUGCACGCUGCCCGUGGCAAAUAA